GUUUUCAUACCUCAGACAACCCAGGCAUGAAGUGCCCCAUUGCUGAUAGAAAGCCGAUCCUUCCUGAUAGAAGAUCAGCUAUUCCCCAAGGAACCGUUGCCACGGCAACGAGAGGCCGCAUCGAAUCAGCGCCUGCAUCGCGGAAACAGCUCAGUCAAGCAGGCAAAACCGCUUACCGAGAGUGAAAGUGCAUUAGUGACAGUGGGAAAAAGAGAAAAAGAAAGGCUGGUGAUAUGCUGGAACCGUUUUACUUGGCAUGGGAACAACGAGAACGGGCCCAACGGGCGAGGAGGCGUCUCCUCGAGGAGCAACGCAAGACACGCAUCUUCGACGCCAAAAAGAGACUCAUCGGGGUGGACGCGGAGGCCCUAGAAAGACAGAUCAGGGAACGACGGGAGAAGGUGGAGGAGGAAAAGCGGCGGGAAGAAGAACUGGAAGAGAGUAUUAUCGCCUCGGACCUCACCGCUCUCUCUCUCGACCAUCAGCAUAAACGAAAGAUGCGAGACCUGGAGAGGCAACUAGCCGAAUUCUGGAGAGACUGCCAAGGGUGGAAGAGGGAACAGGACGAUGGACCGGGUUGGGAUCCUGAUCCUUCCAAGAGAGGCCCUUCCUCAGCCUGCAGUUUCUCUGGAGAGGAGAACGAAUCGAGCCGACGAGAAGCAGCACAGAGACUGCAAGAGGCAGCCUGGAUCGCAGCCCAGGGGUCUGUUCUCCAAAAACUUCGAGAGAGAGACUCGCACAAGAAGGAAGAAGAGGAAGCGAAGGAGAGGCAGAUACAUCGAAGGGCCCUGCUCCUUCAGGAACUGGAAACUAGAGCCAGGCGGAGCAAGGACAGAGCCAUAGCCCAUUUCAACAGGCAGCUGGCAGAGGAGCAGCGAGCAAGGGAGAGUUGGGAGAAGCAGGAGGAAUGGGGAAAAGAGAGAGAAGAGCUAAUGGGAACGGCAUGGAGCGACCUACUGAUGGAAGAUCCUCACGGUGCUAGGUCGCUGUAUGGACCCAGGAAGCUCUUACCGGAUCGUUACCGAGGAAUGACUCCAGAGGAAGUAACAGCCAUCCGCAAGAUGCAGCUACUGCAGUCUCAGAAUAGAAAAGAAGAAAAUGAGCGGGAGAAGAAGGAGCAGGACAGCUGGGCACGGAGGGAAAGAAGACAACUGGAGGAGAUUCUUCAUAGACACUCCCAACUAGAGAAGCAGAAAAGGGCCAACAAGGAGCAAACUGCUGCUGAGAACCUGCGACUGGCAGAGCAGCAAAAAAAGACUCAGGAGGAAGUGAACAAGGAAUUCACCACUUUUGCUCCUUCAGAUGAGUUCUUCACUCGCUUUAACACUUCUUCCCGAUAAUGCCCAUAGGAAG